AUGGCUGUGGAUUCGUGGGCGACGCGGAACCCGUUCUUUGAGGACGGGCUCCAUGCGUGGUACGCGUUACGAGGCGGCGACGACACGUGCCGCCUCGUGAUGAGCGAGAGUGCAUCACGCGAGAAGGCGUGGCACGGCAUGGCGCAGGACAUUCCAAGUCAACUCGGUGUGCAGCGUGUCACCGCUGACGUCAGCGUGAGGGACUCUGGCGGAUCAACAGCAGCUGCAGCGGUGGCAGGAGGAGGUGUGGGAGGGAGAGGAGCAGGGAGGGAGGUGGGAGAGGAGUUAGGGAGGGAGGCCGUACGGGUGCUUGUGACAGUUCGAUGGGAUUUUGAUGAAGCCUACAUCGAGGAUCCUCCUCCCAUCCCCUCCCCCCAUCCCUUCCGCCCAUCCUCCUCCAAUCGCAUUCGCGCCCCUCUCUCUCCCCUCUUCCCAUCAUCGCCCCCACCAGGUAACAGCCUACAUCGAGGGUCCCCCUUUCAUCCUCCCAUCUGUACCGCACCUCACCACGUCACACCACAUCUUCAUCCCAUACACAUCCUCUUUCCCCGUUCUUCCCAUCAUCGCCCCCACCAGGUAACAGCCUACAUCGAGGGUCCCCCUCCCAAUUUCGACCUCCUUAUCAGCCUCUUUGCUAUAGUCCCAGCCUCUGACCCACAGCCCACUUUUCCCCCUCUUCCACCCGCCACCCCUGCUGCUAUGAACUUUCCUCCUCCUCUUACACCUCUUUCAAUUGCUCCUACUCUCACUCCUCUCGCUCCUUUUGCUGCUCCAAAGGUGUCAGCAGCAGCAACUGUCCCGCCAUGCCCCACGUCCCCUCCUCUCCACCCUCCCCACCACUCCCCUCGCCCCAAUCUCCUCCUCAAUGGCGAUUUCUCCCUCCGCACUGCCAGCUGGCGGCCCAUGGGUGGCUGCGAGGUGCUGACGUGGCACGCCCCGUGCCCGUGGGGCUCUGUGAUUGGUCCACCAGUGGAGCCAUCCUCCCUGCCCGCCGCUCAUCCCUGCACCGUGUUUGAGCGGCAACAGAUGCAGCUGCACGCACAGUGGCAGCAGCAGCAGCAACAGAAACAGCUGAAAAAGCAACACUCUUACCCUGUGCAACUGCAACACGAUCACAUGGCAUCAAGCCAUCCGGUUAUGCCUCUGCUUCAGUCUGCCUCCUCGGUCUUUCUGGCAGGAGGACCCACAGGUGCCUAUGUGGAAGUGACAGGUAGGACUGCCACGUGGCAUGGUCCAGCUCAGGACAUUGCAGUGGGCAAUCACAGCCAUGGAAGCAGCACUGCUGCUGCUGCCGCCGCCCAGAAUGACGGUGGCGCCGACGGUGGGCCGAUUCGGCUGUUUGUGACGUAUGCUGUGAGCGCGUGGGUGCGUUUGGGGAGAGACAGACAGCACAAAGAGCGCGGGCAGGGAGAACAGAAAAUUCUUUCCCUCUUUGCUAGAAAGGAAAAAAGAGGAGAGGAAGGAGGGGCAGAAGAAACGGAGGAGAAAGAGGCAGAAGGAACUGAGGGAAGGGUGGGAUCCCACCAAGUGAAUAUAGCAUUGGGGGUGGAUGGGGGGUGGGUAAAUGCAGGGACUGUGGAAGCUUCCGGGAAGGAGUGGGUGCGGUGCUGGGGGUCGUUUCGCCUGGAGAAGCCGUACGGGCAAGCAGUGCUGUACGUGCAGGGCCCGCCGCCAGGUGUCAGCAUCCUAUUGGCCGACAUGCGCGUGGUGCCUGUGGAGUGGCGGGAGAGGGUUCCAUGGCUGCGAGAGCAAGCAGACAGGGUGAGUGGUGGUGAGCGGUGGAGAGUGAUAGAGAGGGGUGGAGAGAGGCCCUUACCUCUCCCACACCCCCUCCGCCCCUUCCCACCCACACCCCCUCUCCCCGUCCCACACUCCCUCUCUUUUUCCUACACCCCCUCUCUCUCCGACAUGCCUACAUGCCCUCUCCUCCCACCACAAACCUUUGCCCCCCCCCACACACACCCCUCUUUCCCCCAUCAGCUCCGCAAGGGGUCACUGCGUCUCCGCCUCCUCUCCGCUGCCGGCCAGCCAAUCCCGUGCGCCCACGUGUCAGCCAAUCAGACGCGCCGUGCCUUCCCCCUGGGCACCUGUGUGAACGCGAGAGACCUGCUGGGGAACCCCCGCUACCAGUCCUACUUCCUGCCGCAGAGAGAGGGAAGCAGAACGGGUGCACAAACUCCCUGCAGCGGACAUGCCUUGCAGCUUUCCCCCGAGGGAAAGGGAAGCAGGUCGAGUGGGGCGUGGUUCAGUUGGGGCGUGUGUGAGAACGAGCUGAAGUGGACGAGUGUGGAGGCGAGGCGGGGCGAGGAGGACUGGAGAGACGCCGAUGCCAUGGUGGCAUGGAUGCAGGAGCAUGGAGUGGCGAUGAGAGCGCAUUGUCUCUUUUGGGACAACAUGCGCCCACCUUGGGUCGAUGGACUCUCCCUUAAGGACCUCAAAGGUGACCCGACUAUCCUUGCUCUCUGCAUCAAAGAAGCUGUUGACAACAGAGUCAUGUCGUUCCUCACCCACUACCCCACCUGUUUCUCCCACAUGGAUGUCAACAACGAGAUGCUUCACGGGGGAUUCUUCUCCUCCCGCUGUGCCCAAGCUAAUCUUCUCCCAUACCUCCCCUAUCCCACCCCUCCUCCCUACACAGAAGCCAUUGACAGCAGAAUCACGUCUUUCCUCACCCGCUAUCCCAACUGUUUCGCUCACAUGGAUGUCAACAACGAGAUGCUUCACGGGGGGUUCUUCUCCUCCCGCUGCGGCCCAUCAAUCAUCCCCCGCAUGUUCCAGUUCGCCGCCCAGAUCGCGCCCCCUCUCGUCCUUUUCCUCAACGAGUACCACAUAGAGGACGGCGAGGACGAAAAGAGCCGCCCGGAAAAGUACGCGCAGUUCGCCCGCGAGCUCAUCGCCAGCGGGGCGCCAGUUGGCGGGCUCGGCACGCAGUGCCACAUCAGCGCGCCAGUUGGCGCCCACAUGCGGCAUGCUUGGAGUAUAAUGGCAGAUGUAGGGUUACCAGUUUGGGUUACAGAGUUAGAUGUGAGCUCUAUAGUCGAAAAAGUGAGGGCGGAUGAUUUGGAGAUUUGUCUAAGAGAGGCGUUUGGGCAUGGGGGAGUAGAAGGGGUGGUGCUAUGGGGUUUUUGGGAAGGUUCCGGCCCGGAUCGACCGUCCAUGUCGAGGAAAAACGCACACUUGGUGCGUUCUGAUUGGUCGUUGACGGAGGCGGGAGAGAUGGAAAGGUUGCUAGAGGAAUGGACGUCAAGGGGUGUGGUGGGGAGGACGGAUGAGGAGGGGUGGUUUGUGGUUGAGGGGUUUGCAGGGGAGUACGAAGUGGUGGUGAGAGAUGGAGGGAAGGAGUGGAGGACGAUUGUGGAGCCUUCAACUCGGACUCUCCCUCUACCUCGCCCCGCCCCUCCCCUUACUCCCCACAUUCCCGGCCCCACCCCCCACACUCCCCGUCGUCCAUUCCUCCCCUCGCUCCCCGCCCCUAUCUCUUACGAUUAUUCCAGUGCUAGCAGGCUUCCCCACCGCCCCCAUCAACGUGCACCUCGGGAUCUCCUGGUACCCCGCACCCCGCCCCCCCCCUUCCUCCCGACCCUCAUUUCCCUCCACAAUCCCCCUCCUCCCCCUUUCCCCCCUCUUCUCCCUCAUCCCCCCUCUCCCCCAGAUCCCCCAUCAACUCGCACCUCAGGAGCGCCUUCCCCCACAACCCCACGCUCAUUCCUUCCCCUCCACUCUCCACCCGUCACUCCCCCCUCCCCCCACGUCCCCCAUCAAUCCGCACUUUGGGAUCUCCAUCCCCUUACCCCUUCACUCAUUUCCUUUCCACCCCUUCCCGCUAUCGCCCCUAGCUUGUUGGCAGGCUUCCCCAUCUCCCCCAUCAACCCACACCUCGGGAUUUCCGCGUCGGGAUCGGUGCCGCCCGGUGCCGCCCUCCUGCUGUGUGAUGACGUGGCAGCGGAAGGAAGCUUCCUGCUGCUGCAUCUGCUGAAGUCGCACCUGCUGUCUCCGCCCCUGCAGGGGGGAGGGGCGGGGGAGAGGCGGGGGGAGGAGCAGGGGGAGGGCGGGUGCGCAGGAGGCGGGGAGGGGUGUGUGAGGACGGUGUGUUUGGUUGCAUUGGCGCACCCUCCUUCUCAUUACAGUCACAUUGCAAGGCGAAUGGGCGUUCACUUCACGGACCUCUGCAGGCAGCAUCGCCUGGCCAUCAUUGACGGCCAAUCACAGGCCUACACGUGGCAGCCUGAUGGCUUAGAUCAUCCACGUGUGUGUCUGCAGCAAGAAAAGCAAAAGGAGAUGCCGCAUCAGGACCAGCAGCAAAAGGAAAUGCCACUUCAGCAGCAGCAGCAGCAGCAGGCAGGAGUGUACCGUUUCUCUCCACCAGUCCCCUUUUCUCCUCCCCCUCACCCGCCCUCCCAGACACUCCCCAUCAAUGGUUACCCGCCUCACUCUGCGAAUGCCAGCCCCCUCCGCGGCCUCUACUCAUCCAUCUGCGCUGCUGUCACCUCCCUUGGCUGCCCCCACUCCUCCCAACCAGCCCAUACCCCGUCUCACCCCUCUCAACCCCCUUCCCACCCUACUGAACCUCUUUCCCAAACUGCUCCCCCUGCCACAACUCAACCUGCUGCUGAUGAUGCUGCUGGUUCUGGUGCGGGAGCUGCCACGUCACCAUCACCAUCUGGGGCUGCUGACGUGGCACCCCCGGCUCGAUGCGGUGGCCAGCUAUGCAUUGUAAUUGAUGACGUGUCGCUGCUGGAGACGUGCGCGGGCGGCGAUUCUCGGCUGGUUAUGGACUUUCUCUCGGCGUGCCGUGGCCUGUGCACCAAGCACCAUAGGGCCUCUGUCGUGUUUCUCACCCAUUCAGCCGUUCAUCCAACCAACUUCACCUUUGCUGCAACCCCACCACCGCCACUCCGCACCCUUUCCUCCUCUUCUUCCUCCCCGAUCGCCUCUCCCCCAUUCCUGCCUUGGCUGCUCCACCUCUCUGACGUGCUUGUGCUGCUGAGACCACUUACAUCAGGCCAUGCCUCGGACGUCCAUGGGCAGGCGGACAUCGUGCAUCUCACACCCAUGCUGCUGAACAGCCCAUCGCACGGGAAUGACUCACACCCCACUCCCUGCCAGCAGCAGCACCUGGUGUAUCAAAUCGCGGACACUGGCGCUUUGUUUUCUGCCACUCAGUAG